AUGGUGAAGCAUUGGAUGAAUAUCCAAGAGUCCAUUUAUAAGCAGAAAUCCAGGGUUGAUUGGAUUAAGCUUGGGGAUUCCAAUUCUCACUACUUCUUUUCUGUUGUGAAGCACAGACAAGGUAGAAAUAGAAUUGAUUCUAUUUUUACUGAAGAUGAUGUCCUUUUGAAAGAUCCUGAUCUUAUUGAAAAUGAGAUUGUGGGAUUCUAUAAAGGGCUCCUUGGUUCUAGUGCUAGCUCUCUCCCUGCUAUUGGUGAUGAUAAGGCGCCUGGAAUUGAUGGCUUUAAUGCUGUUUUCUUCAAAAAGUCUUGGCCUAUGAUCAAAACUGAUAUUUAUACUGCUAUCUUCUCUUUCUUUGAGACUGGUGUCAUUGCUAAGCAGUGGAAUUAUACAACAAUCACCUUAGUGCCUAAGGUUCAGCAUCCUUCUUAUGUCAGAGAGUUUAGGCCUAUUUCUUGUUGUACCAUGUUGUACAAGCUGAUCUCCAAAGUUCUCACAAACAGGAUUGCUAAAGUGGUGGGGACUGUUAUUGAUGAUGCUCAAGCUGGGUUUAUCCCGGGUAAGCACAUUGGUGACAAUAUUCUCCUGGCUAGUGAAUUGAUUAAAGGCUACUCUCAUAAGUUUGUUUCUCCCAGAUGUAUGAUCAAGAUUGACUUGAGAAAGGCCUAUGACUCUGUUGAAUGGCCUUUUCUGCAGACUGUUCUAGAAGAGUUUGGUUUCCCUCAUUCUGUUGUGAAAUGGAUUAUGACUUGUGUCUGCUCUGUCUCUUACUCUGUGAUGGUUAAUGGCUUUCCUGAUAAACCUUUUUCUGCAAAAAAAGGCCUUAGUCAAGGAGAUCCUAUGUCUCCUUUUCUUUUUGCUCUUUGUAUGGAGUACCUCUCUAGGUGCCUUAAGGAAAUGACUGGGAAUCCUAAUUUCAAUUUUCAUCCUACAUGUGAGAAGUUAGGUAUUACCCAUAUGAUUAAGAGUGAGGUUUAUUUUGGAGGUAUCUCUGAUUCUGAUAAAGAUCAGCUGCAAACUGUUCUUGGUAUGAGUAGAGGUAGUUUGCCUUUUAGAUAUCUUGGGGUGCCCUUGUUACAGCUUAUCAAAAGUGUUCUUUUUGGUAUUCAGGCUUAUUGGGCUCAGAUUUUCAUCCUUCCUAAGAAGAUUCUUAGGGAAAUUGAAGCCAAGUUCAGGGUUUUCUUGUGGACUGGGAAGAACACUUAUACAAAAAAGGCCCCUGUCUCCUGGCAUCGUAUGACUCUUCCUAAGGUUUGUGGUGGCUGGAAUAUUACCUCUCUUGGUGAUUGGAAUAAAGCUGCUAUUUGCAAGAUUUUGUGGGAUCUUGCUCACAAAUCUGACAAUAUGUGGGUGAAAUGGGUGCAUACCUAUUAUUUCAACAAUAGGAAUAUUUGGACUGCCACUAUUCCCAAGAAAUGCUCAUGGGUUUUGAAGAAAAUCUUGACUUGCAAAGAUAUUAUUGAUGAUAUUGGUGGCUGGUCCUCUAUUGUGAAAAAUGGGAAAAUGAGUAUUGCUAAACUCUAUGCCCGGAUCCAACCUCAGGCUCCUACAGUAGAGUGGAAAAGAAGUGUUUUCAAUAACCAAGCCGCUCCUAAGAGUAUUUUCAUUACUUGGUUAGCUUUGCUUGAUAAACUUGCCACUAAGGAUAGAAUUUUUAAGUGGAAUACAAGUUGUGAUCCUAUUUGCUUUUUCUGCCAGAACACUUGUGAAUUCGUCUCUCACCUAUUCUUUUGCUGCCCUUACUCUAAGACUAUUUGGGAACAGAUUUUGAAACUUCUUGAUGUGAAAAAAGCAGUUCAACCUUUUCGCAUUGAACAGCAAUAG